AUGAUAUUGAAUAAACUAACAGGACCAGAUUACGACUAUUCGAUGCGACAAACUGAAGCUACCGGCGAACCUGAUUUCACUUGUCACUAUCUUGUGGAUUCAUUGAUCUUGGUGAUUGAGGCGAAAAGAAAGCAUGUUUUAGAAGAUAUGGGUGAACAGACAUUUCCCGAGUUUUAUCAGACGAGUAAUUUAGCCAAGGAUGUAAUUCAACAAAUCUGGAAUUAUAUGGGAGAAAACGAACUUAGAUAUGGUAUUCUCGCCACUUAUGACAAUCACUGGUUUCUACGCCGAGAGCAUACGGAGCUUUGGAUCUCAAAAACCCUUCCACUGCAGUCGGAGUCUCCACCAGUUCUCAAGGCAUAUGCUUAUUUAACUCGACAGGCAAAAGAGAAUACCAAGUCUCCUCAUCCUCAAGUACUAGUACCAGUUCACGGGGACAAUAAUUCGCGUGUUCUUCGGUCACACAUGAAAUCACCUUCCAGUUCUUCGAUAAGUCAACAACCAACUUCCAGCAAUCAACAAUUAUCUUCUAGCACUCCUGUAGACCAGAAAAAUUAUAGCUUCACGGACUUUAAGUUUAAGGGAAUACUAGGUGAAGGACGAAGUGGAAAAACACUUCUAUGUGAGUUUCGUGGCAAUGCGAUUGCUUUGAAGAGCGUAGACUUGUCGAAAGCCCCACCAUAUGUUCUAGAAGAAAUGCAAAAAGAAGUAGAGAUUUACAAAGACCUCACAGAUAUUCAAGGCAAGUAUAUCCCAAAGUUAGUGUGUUAUGGAUAUUAUGGAGGGGGAAUGAGCUUCGUUAUCGGCAUGACCAUUGUCGGCACUUCGUUGAGCGAACAAAAAAUAAAGAAACGGCAAAAGUCAAGGGCUAUUAAGGGAUUAGAAGCAAUCCAUAAACAUGGCAUCCUCCACAAUGACAUUCGGGAAGAAAACAUCUUAAUUAAUGACAACGGCGACAUCUACCUGAUCGACUUCGGGAUGGCAAGCCGGGAAGAUACAAAAAAGAAGAGAAAGCUUUUCGAGGAAGAACAGCUCAAAUUAUCUCAAUUGCUAGAUGGAUAUAUUGUGUAA